GAAGCGACAACAGAAAGCUUCUCCUCAAAAGACGCACAAGAAUGGCGCAACAUCAACAGGUUCGGCUCUAUGUUACUAGGAAUGGGCGUCUUGUGCCUUCACACGCAAGCAAUGGACGUAUUGCGUUCGGCGCUUGAGGAGGAGCCGAGCCCCAUUCCGGCGGUCGCAGAGUGCCGGCUGCGCGUCGCCUUUGAACGGAUCCGUCAGAGCGCAAGGUCUCUCCUCCGGUGGGCGCGGGAGAACGUUGGCUAUCCCGAGAUGCCAGAGUACGAGAGCGGAUUGACGGAGGAAACGAUAGCAUAUCAGGGGGUUCUGUACGAGGGUCCGCCCAUCAUGUGUCUCCAACGGUGGGGAUUUUGGAUGGAUCGGCUCGAGUGGCUUACGAAAAGUGAUGAUCCUGGGCUGAUUGAGUAGGUAAGGACAGAGGUGCUGAGGCGUUUGGGAUUAUAAAGGAGGUUGAGGGGCGGAUAGGACAUACCCUGUGAUGAAGCGACAAUAUGCCCAGC